AUGUCCUCUGAAUCCUUUCAACCUAUACAACUCAAGGGCGAAAUUAUGGACCUCGAAUUCACAGUCGACACAGACCACAGGAAGAGGAGGCGAAACCGGACAACCCAGAGCUGCCUUAAUUGCCACACAUCCAAACGAAAGUGCGACCGCAAGAGGCCUUGCCAGAGGUGUAUCCAGCUAGGUCUCACGGGCCUAUGUGUUUACGAAAUUGACGACCCCGCCUUGCGGGACGACCCCUCUCUCGACGAAAACACGCGACUCCGCAAUCGAAUUGCGGAGCUAGAAUCGCUCGUGCGCGAGCUCAGAGGCAAGCCUCAUCCUCGCUGGGCAGACAGCAACUUCCGGGACGGCGAUCCCAACGAAAAGUGGCAUUCGCGAGCCACUAAAUGUAUUCCACUUCAGAAACGCAGCGCGACUCUCAACGACGACCACAGUGGGCGCAACGGUCGAGCCUUGCCUACCCUGUUGAGCCCUAUCAAAACUGAGCCCUCCGCCGAGGCGCCCAACCCCAACUUGUACCGCUUCUCCCCCUCUCCUGCGCCUAACAGUGUGCGGUAUCACACCUUUGACGUCCGGCGCACGUCUUCGAACGGAUCGUUCAACGAGGAUCAGCAACGUCCUCAAACGCAACAGGGACAACAGCCGUACAACUCUCCUCCAUCCCUUGGCAUGACAUACCCGACGUCGCCCAACAAUAGCCAGUAUAAUGGUAACUCGACCUCGUCCUCCUACUCCGACAACGGGAGCAACGGGUACCCUCCUCUCACGAACAGCCCCGAUGGGAACAACAGCACUUAUAACGACCAGUACUCCACGACAAACGGGUCGACUCCUCAAGGAUACUGCCCAUGUCGAACCAACCCUAGCACUGGAGUGGCGUACAUUAAUCUCUCACAGCAGCUUCAGAGCUCGCUGACCACCCUCCGGCAGUUCAGCCAUCACCCGCCGAAUACGAACUGCUUGACCUAUCGGCGCGUGGUCGAGCUUAACGAUCUCCUCCAGCCUUCAUCCCCUCGUAAUAGCAACACCGUCGAACACUCCAGCAACGGAGCGGCUACCAACGGCACCAGCAGCUACGACAGCAGCACGCCGUCUGAUAACGAGCUCUUGACUCCCCUUUCUGCUUCCAGCGGUGGAGGCGGCGGCGGCCAUACGACCACCAACCACUUCCAGGCUACCACGGGUUCGCCAGGGAUGCCGCCCCAGGAAUGGAGCAAUAUGACCACUGGAGGCUACAACCCUUAUUUCUCGAUCCCGCCUGCAGAACAUCAUGGCGUCUACACGCAUGUCAUCACCUGA